ACUUGGUCAUCCAGAAGAAUUAUGUGUGCGCAAGACAGAGCUGCCAGAUCACGAAGUAUUUCGACCUUCUUUUGGGUCACCUUUAGCUGAAGGAAUGAGAAGGGUCGAGGUUGGACCACAGAACAAAAUAACCGUAAUAUCACCUCGCUUUCUCAAAGGCGCAUAUAUAGAAAAUGAACAAGCUAAAAGACCUGCACCCACGCGAAAAAUUAUCCUAGCCGCACUAAAUAGGUUUAAUUCAUCGCAGUUGUCAUCGGAACUCUUGGAAGAAUCACUAUCUCCUUCGAUGACGCACAAGAACUUCUAUUAA